UGCAAAAAUUUCAUUCUCUCUGUCUCUGAGUAUGGCAGCCGUGGUGCCCAAACUUAUGCAUGCAGUUCAGUACAACUGUUAUGGUGGAGGAGCUUCUGGUUUAAAGCAUGUAGAAGUUCCAUUUCCCACUCCAAAAAAAGAUGAGGUUGUUCUGAAAUUGGAAGCAGCUAGUCUAAAUCCAUCUGAUUGGAAAAUUCAGAAAGGGAUAUUGUGGCCUGUUUUCCCAGGCAAACUCCCUCACAUACCUGUUAAUGAUGUUGCCGGAGAGGUUAUAGAGGCAGGACAAGGAGUCAAAAAGUUCAAAGAAGGUGACAAAGUUGUGGCAUUGCUAAACUAUUUUAAUGGAGGUGGAUUGGCUGAGUAUGCUGUGGCUAGUGAGAGAUUGACAGUUUCUAGGCCCCCUGAAGUUUCAGCAGCCCAAGGCGCAGGAUUACCUAUUGCCGGUCUCACAGCUCUCCAGGCUCUCACUCAAGCUGCAAAUAUCAAGCUUGAUGGAACUGGUGAGCUCAAGAACAUACUUGUUACUGCUGCCUCUGGUGGUGUAGGUCACUAUGCAGUCCAACUAGCAAAGCUUGGAAACAAUCAUGUCACAGCCACUUGCGGAGCUCAGAACAUUGAUUUGGUGAAGAGCUUAGGGGCAGAUGAGGUUCUUGACUACAAGACCCCAGAAGGAGCAGCUCUUAAGAGUCCAUCUGGUCGAAAAUAUGAUGCUGUGAUACACUGUGCAACCGGCACUCCUUGGUCAACUUUUGAGCCUAAUUUAAGUGCAGAAGGGAAGGUUGUAGACAUUACUAUUGGUCCAAGCGCUUUGCUUAGUUUGGUACUAAACACACUCACCUUCUCCAAGAAGCAGCUGGUGCCGCUGCUCAUGAAUCCCAAGGCUGAGAACCUGGAGUAUCUUGUUAAGCUGGUGAAAGAAGGAAAGCUCAAGACAGUGAUUGACUCAAAGCAUGCUCUAGCUGAGGUUGAAGAUGCUUGGGGUAAAAGUAUGGAUGGGCAUGCUAUUGGGAAGAUCAUUGUGGAGCCUUAAGUAGAUAAAGUAUCUUUGGAUUGUAAACUUCAUGUACUUAUUUUGGGAUUGUAUAUUUCUAAUCUCUAUUUCCUAUGAUUUUGUAAAAGAAAGCAAAGAAAAUUUCAAGGAGAAAACAAGGUCUUGGCUUGAUGGGUUACUGACAGAUUUCCCAGAGGUUUUUGAUGGUUUCUCUGAGAUAAUUUCUACCAUGGUGACUGAUUUGUGGAACAUUUACAAGGAUGCUUUAGGAUA